CGCAGGGAUAAAUGUACACUUGGCGUCGGCUACGAAGCUUUUAGCGACGCCAGAACGAAACGGCCGCUCGUCAACAAUCGUCGUCGCGUCUCAUCGUGCAUCUUCCAAGACCGCGAGAUUCAUAUGCCUGCUGCUCGAUCCAAGAUCGAACAGCGUCUCAACGGAGGAGCGACGCUCCAUCAUCGGGGGAUGAAAGGACUCAUAAUGCGCGCUUGGAUUCUUCUUGGUUUACUCUCCCUGGUCUCUGGCCAGCUAGAUCUACCCUCUCUGAACGACAACUCUCGAAACAAUCUCGGGAGAGGUAUUCCACCUACCGAAGCACAGCUACAAGAUAUUUUAGCCAGAUUAGAUUUCCUUGGUACCGAAAGAUGUAACGCCAACGUGGCGGCGCAGUGGGCCUACGAAACCGACGUGAGCGAGUACACGCAGCUGCAGGCGCUGGAAGCUCAGAGAAUAUACGCAGACUUUCAAAAUCAAGCCUGGUUCUUGAUUUCGAAGAUCGAUAAGGAUAACAUUAGAGAUCCCGUAGUCAGAAGACGUCUCAGAUAUUUAUCUGUGGUUGGACCAUCGGCGUUACCACCGGAUCAAUUGGACAGAUACAAUAGCGUGAUCAACGAUAUGCUGGCAGUGUAUAACGAUGCUAGCAUUUGCGCUUACAACGAUCCCUUCCGGUGCGGGCUGCGGCUGUAUCCAGAUAUAUCGCAGAUCAUGGCGAAAAGCCGCAAUUGGGACGAGUUGCAGUAUGUCUGGGCAGAAUGGAGAAGACGAAGUGGGAUGAGGAUCAAGGACCUCUAUCAACAACUCGUCACGUUAAACAAUGAAGCUGCUAGAUUGAAUAAUUUCACUGAUGCAGCCGAAUAUUGGAUGUUCCCCUAUGAAUCUCCAAACCUACAACAAGACAUCGAUGAAGUAUGGGAAAUGAUACGUCCUCUUUACGAAGAAUUACACGCGUACGUUCGAAGAAAAUUGAGGGACCUGUAUGGACCUGAAAAGAUCGGCACUCAUGCUCCUCUUCCAGCUCAUAUUCUUGGUAAUAUUUGGGCACAAUCGUGGACCAACAUCAUCGAUAUCACGGUACCGUAUCCAGGGAAAAAUUAUCUGGACGUGACGCAGGAAAUGCAGGCCCAGGGUUACACGCCUAUCGAGAUGUUCAGGAUCGCGGAGGAAUUUUAUCUGUCCCUCAACCUGAGCGCCAUGCCUCCUGAAUUCUGGGCUGGUAGCAUAAUCGCGGACCCUGGAAAUCGACCUUUAAUUUGCCAGGCAUCUGCUUGGGACUUUUGCAAUCGUUUAGAUUACAGAAUCAAGAUGUGUACUAAGGUUACCAUGAAAGAUCUAAUCACAGUACAUCACGAAAUGGCUCACAUUCAAUACUUCUUACGUUACAGCGGAUUGGCUCGAGAAUUCAGAGACGGCGCCAAUCCAGGAUUCCACGAAACAGUGGGUGAAGCCGUUGCCCUCAGUGUCGCCACUCCUCGUCAUCUACAAACCCUCGGUUUGGGUACCAAGUUUAUCGAUGAACCUACAGCGGAUAUUAAUUACCUGUUCUCUUUGGCGAUGGACAAAUUGGUGAUAUUGCCAUUCAGCAUUGCGAUGGAGAGAUGGCGGUGGGACAUCUUCCGCGGUUACAUCACUAAGGAAGACUACAAUUGUCAUUGGCAUCGAUUGAUGGAACAGUACGCUGGAAUCAAGCCGCCUGUUUUGAGAACUGAGGAUGACUUCGAUCCUGGCGCCAAAUAUCACAUUCCUGCGAACAUCCCUUACAUUCGGAACUUUGUGGCAGGAGUCCUUCAAUUUCAACUCUAUCGCGCGUUGUGCGAAGCGGCUGGACAGAGGAACGUAGACGAUCCCAGGAGACCUCUGCACAGAUGCGACUUCUACAGAAGCCCGGAAGCUGGUAGGAUCUUGGGGAAAAUUAUGGAGAGAGGCUCGUCGGUACCGUGGCAAGAGACGCUUCGAGAAGCUAUAGGGGACGACAAAUUGGACGCGUCUGCGCUCAGAGAGUACUUCAGGCCUCUCGAAGACUGGCUGAGAACGGAAAACCUGAGAACCGGGGACAUCGUCGGCUGGUCUUACGACGGAGAUUACUGCAAGCGCAGCAUCGAGACUGCUGGUCUGCAGGUCUACGGAAGCGGAUUCUACAACGAAGCCACAAGAACGCGUGUGACGACAAUUUUACCAGCGAUUCUCUUAACAAUUUCGAUACUUCGUUAAUAAAGAAGAAAUUUAGUGGAACAGCGAGCCAGAUGUUCAAGCAUUCUUUAGGAUAUUUUUUAGCAGAGACGAUCAAUGCUUCUCGAUCUGUCAAGCAAUCGAAAACCAAACAAAUGACCAAAAUGUUUCUAGAUAAUUGUUUUCGUAUGGUAGUAUAAAGUAUAUGCUCGAUCGUGAACGAGCGUUUUUUACAUAAAAUAAGACGCGUCGAAUUGGAAACGUCGCGUGUACCCAGUAAUUAUUGUUAUUGUUGUAAGUAUUCACUACUAAUUUAACAGCGAUCCGCAACGUGGCAAUGGUACGCGCGUGCAAUUAAGCUCGCGUGCGAGCAGCACUCGUGUGAGCGCAUAAAUCGUUUCAGCAUGUCGAGGGCCACUCUCGUGUCGCGUACCUUGAAACGUCUCGGUCCCGACGUUUAAUAAAGACAAAGAGAUUUACGUCCUCCAUCGUUAAACGGUGCCAGCGCGCUUUCCAGACAGACACGAGUCGUGCUUUUCUUCUCUAGAACUUCAGCUUAGUCGUAGACCCACCACGAUAGUGGCCACGAUCAAUUCGUAAAAUAUCGUUUGAAAUUUUAUAAACUCGCAACGAUACAUUCUUGGCAAUUUCUUACAAUCUCUUAGAAAGUACGAACUUGCUUUUUCCUCUGUAUUGGAUAUCUUUUUUCAUAUUCGCUGGAAACUUUGACAAAACGUCGAUCAAUGAAAUUAUCGUUUAGUAGAAAAUUUAGAAACGAACGCUUGGACUUUACUCAAAGAUCAUUUUGGUAUAGAUAAUCAAAAUUCUACCAUACUUUUCAUUUUGGUUUUUUCGAUGCAUAUUUUACGCCCCAGUUAUCGGUAAUUCUAAUAUUAACUCGACUAUACCUAGUUGUAAAUAUAUGUACCUACGUAUAUAAAUCGUUCACAGCUCUGUAGAUCGUGGAAUAUCGUGAGAAACAGAAUUAACGAAAAAAUAAGCUCGUUUCGUAAUUGCCUUCGCGACACGGUUCGUAAGCCACGUCUCAGACAAUUCCACAAUCGUGUAUCGUAAUUGGAAGAUAUUUCGAUCGCAAAUGGGAACGAGCUCGGCCCGUAACGAUCGUACGAAUUAUAUCGUUCGCUCGGUAUCUUUGCAAUUUUCAUGAGGAGAAAAUCAAUAUUCCGUAGUAUUAUUGGUAUAUGCAUUUUGUACCAUUAAACGUCAACCGUACCGUUAGAGCGAAUUAUUUUUACCAUAAUAUAUUCUCGUAGGAGAAACUGGAACGUGUAAACACGGAAAUCGAAAUGAACAAAGAUUGAAAUAAAUUUUUAGCGCUAAGUAUUUCCAGGUCUAUAGCGAUAAUUAAGCUGCAGACUUUACACCUUUAUGGGUGAUUUAAACAUACAAAAAUCUUUAAUAGAUAAUUUGAACACGUAUAAACGAUUAUUGAUAUGCAUUAAUAAAUAGAAAUUAAUUAAUUAAUUAA